CCCCACUGAUCACCAAGGUAAACAAUCUACCUGACAACCUUACACCUGUCUGAUCAGGUAAACUGUUGAUGAACAUUGGAUUUAUACUAAACACCUAUUGUUUAUAACAGAAAUGGCAGACUUUGAAACAAAUAAACUUUAUCAAGCCAUAAAGGAUAAAAAUAUCAACGAUGUGAAAGAACUAUUAAACAAGGGAGAGAGCCCAUUAGUCAGAAAUACAGACGGAACAACCUAUCUCCAUGCAGCUGUCCAAUUAGGAGCACCAGUUGACAUUUUCAAACUCCUGUUAGAGAAAGUAGAUAUUUCAAUUCGAAGAAGUGAUGGCCAGACAGUAGCUGAUCUUAUAUCCAAAUGUAACUAUCCAGAUGAAGCUGAGACAGCCCUGAAUCUUCACAUUAAGGAACUUAUCAUGAAAGGUGAUAUGGAUCAACUGGAAAAGCUGUGUUUAUCUGGAUGGGAAAUCUGGCCUGUUACUAUUGAACAGGCUAAAGCUGUGUCAGAAGAUCUAGAAGGUUUUAUGUCUAAACUGCCUGAAUUUCAGACAAAGAUAAAGCAAGUACAUGAGGCUGUUGAACAGGAAAAAGUUAGAGAGCUAAAAAAUUUACUUGAUCGAAAGAAAUUACUAGAGGCUGCAGACAAAACUGGAUUACCUCCCUUCCAGAAAGCUGUUGUUUUGUCUCAAAUGGAUGUAGUACAUGAAAUGGUCAAAGAAUUCAAAGAAGCAAUAAAUUUCCAAGAUGGGAUGGGAAGAACACCAUUUCAUUAUGCUGGAGGGAAACAGGAUGGAGGACAUAUGUAUGAACUUCUAAAGGAGGCUGGAGGUGAUGAAAGUAUUAAAGAUAUUAAUGGAUGCACACCAAAAGAUUACUAUGAUGAUCCAAUGAAAAUUGGAGUUGUAGGUUUAAAGGAAAAAUUCAAAGAAAUAUUGGAUAGUGCUGUUGUUACAACAGAGGAAAAACCAGAAGUCUCAGAUAAAAGUAGUGGCAGUGCUAGAAGUUAUCGUCGUAUAUAUGUUUCUCAAGAUACCAGGCCUCGUACUGGCACCAAACCAACAACAAUUGAUGGAAAAUAUGUAGCAGAGCAUUUAGGAUCAGCAUUAACAUUUGCUUUGGCUGAAUUGGCUGAAAAACGACCAAAAGACCCCAUUGAGUAUUUGUCAAAGUGGCUAUAUAAAUACAGAGAGAAUAUGGACCAUAACAUGCAGCAAGAAGCUCUGAUUGAAAAUCUGAAACAAGCAGAGGAAGAGAAAGUCUUGGAGGCAGAAAGGAAAGAGAGGAUAAAGACUGAACAGAAACAACUAGAAGAAGAAGAAAGACAAAGAAAAAUAAAAGAGGAAGAAGAGAGAAAGAAGAAGGAACAAGAGGAACUCCAAAGAAAAGCUAAAGAGGCAGCUUUGGCACAAAGACCAAAUCUUGAGACUGUGACAGAAGAAGGAGAGGAAGAAACUCCAAGUAAAGAAAAAGACAGUAAAGGACAGACUGAGUUACACAGAUUGGCAGCACAGGAAGGUGCUGACAUGAGAACAUUGAUUAAUAUGGGAUAUAGUAUUGCUGAGCGUGAUGCUGAUCAAAGGACAGCUAGGGAUUUAGCUGAGGUUGCUGGAAUCUCAGACAAUGUACAGGCUAUAGAUAAUUAUGUUAGAGAUUUGUUAAAGGAAGAGAAUGUUGAUGAAUUAGAACAAUUAGUGUUGGAAGGAUAUGACAAACUGGAAUCUAUUCUGGAGUCUAUCACUGACCAAUCAGAGGACUUAAAACAAUUUACUUCUUCUAUACCAGACUAUAUGAAAAAAAUACAAGAAGUUUUCACAGUGGUACAAAAGGGUGUUUUACGAGAUGUUCAACAAACCUUAGAACGUAAAAAAUUAGCUACAGCUAGGGACAACAUGGGUCGAUGUCCGUUACAUAUAGCAGUGCUGACAGAAAAUAAUGAGGUUGUAGACUAUAUAGCAAAGUCUUUCCCAGCUACAGUCAAAUGUAAAGAUCAUAUGAACAGAACACCCUUACAUUAUGCUAUGGGAUUAAACAAUGAAGAUUUAGUAACAUUACUACUGGCCAAUGAUGCUGAUACAACAGUUAAAGAUGUGUUAAAAAGAACACCUUCAGAUUAUCGUGAUCAUUCUGAUGUCAUUAAGGAUAUGAAAGAUAAGUUAUCACCACCAUCAGUUCAACAGGAAUCUGAUGGAAAAGAGGAAACUCAGCAACAAGAACUCUCUACACAACAGGAAGUACAGGGAGGGGAGACUACUCAACAAGAACAACAACCAACACAACAGUCUGUUGAAUCAUAAAACUUCAAUCAUACAAAACAUACUUACAACGAUAUUAUAAUUUGAACAUAACUUUGUUUAAUGCUUUGCAUUUAAUACAACUAAUUGUGUUCUAGCAUAAAGUAGAAGGGUAUAUUAUAUACAUUAAAACUAUAUUUAGGGUUGUCAUACACAACCAAGACAGAACGGAAAUCGAAAACUGUUCAAGUUUGAACUAUUUCUUAUCCUGAGAUAAAUGAGCUUUAACUUAACUCAAAUCUAUUCUACAUAUUGAUGUUUGUUAUUAUUUUUAAAAUGUAA